AUGAAGAAGUGGCGGGCGCUGAACAAGAAGCGGUACGCGGACAAGCGCAAGUUUAGCUACCAGGCGCCCGAGAAGGCGCCGUUCCCGCCGGAGCAUCUGCGCAAGGUGGUACGCGACCACGGCGACUUGUCGAACAAGCGGUACUCGCGGGAGAAGCGGCUGUUCCUCGGCGCGCUCAAGUACCUGCCGCACGCGGUGUACAAGUUGCUGGAGAACAUGCCGUUCCCGUGGGAGUCUGUCCGCGAGGUCAAGGUCCUCUACCACGUCACGGGCGCCAUUACGUUUGUCAACGAGACGCCGCGAGUCAUCGAGCCAGUCUUUGCCGCGCAGUGGGGCACGAUGUGGGUGAUGAUGCGCCACGAGAAGCGCGACCGCGCCCACUUUAAGCGGCUUCGCUUCCCGCCGUUUGACGAUGAAGAGCCGCCGAUCGACUACUCGGACUCAAUUCUUGAUGUUCUUCCGCUCGAUCCCAUUGCGAUGGAGCUGGAUCCGCUGGAGGACGCGCCGGUGUACGAUUGGUUCUACGACCCGCGCCCACUUGCGGCGUCGGCGCACCUCCCGCUGGACAUCAUGGCCACGCUCCAUCGGCUCGCGUCGCAGCUGCUCUCGGACGUGACCGACCCGAACUAUGGGUAUCUCUUCGACCUGCCGUCGUUUGUGACCUCCAAGUCGCUCUCGGCUGUCUUGCCGGGCGGGCCCAAGUUUGAGCCGCUGUUCAACGAUGACGACGCCGCCGACGAGGACUGGAACGAGUUCAACGACCUGCACAAGAUCAUUAUUCGGCGCAACAUGCGCAACGACUACCGGGUCGCCUUUCCGCACGUGUACAACUCGCGCCCGAGGGCCAUCGCCUUUCCGGCCUACCACUACCCAGCCUCGGUCUACGUGCCGCCAACGGACCCAGACCUCCCGGCGUUUACCUACGACGCGGCGUACCACGUUAUUCCGCCUGCGCGCGAGAACGGGAGCGCGGCAGCGGCCGCCGGCCUCUUUGGUGCCUCGGAUCCUGAGGCGUGGGAUGAGGACGACGCUGAGGCCGAAGCGCUUCUUACUGGCACCUUUGCACCAGCCGGGUGCUCAGUGGCACCGCUCCCUCUCGCGGCCGCGCUCAGUGACCUGCCGGUCGAGCCGGAGGCGACUGCGGACGCGCUGCGGCUCUACUGGGCGCCGCCGCCGUUCUCGACCCGCGCCGGGCGGACGAAGCGGGCGCUCGACGUGCCGCUCGUCUCGUCGUGGUUCAAGGAGCGGCUGAGCUCGUCCAAGUCUGUCGCCAUUCGUGUCUCUUACCAAAAGCUGCUCAAGGCCUGGGUCUCGAACGCCAUUGCCACGGCCAAGGCGCGUGUGCUCGACGCGAACAAGGCGGCGGCGGCGGCGGAAGCCGGCGAGGACGAGGCGAGUGGCAGCGCGAGCGCAGCGCCGGGCUCGGGCGUCUCCAAAAAGGGACUCUUUCCAACGCUCGCCAAGACCAAGUUCUUCCAGACGACCUCGCUCGACUGGGUGGAGGCCGGGCUCCAGAUUGUGCGGCAGGGCUACAACGCGCUCAACCUGCUCAUCCACCGUAAGGGCUGCCGCUACCUGCACCUCGACUACAACUUUACGCUCAAGCCGCUGCUCAAGUUUACCAAGCUCGUGGUGGACACGCACGUCUCGUACCGCAUCCGCAACAUCGACGCGUUCCAGCUCGCCGACGGCCUCCACCACCUCUUUGCCAAUGUGGGGCACUUGACGGGCAUGUACCGGUACAAGUACCGGGUGAUGAAGCAGAUUCGCGAGACCAAGGCGCUCCGCAACGUCAUCUACUCGCGGUUCAACACCGGAGCAGUGGGCGCCGGACCGGGAGUCGGCUUUUGGCUCCCGUCGUGGCGGGUGUGGUGCUUCUUCCUCCGCGGCGUCAUUCCACUCCUCGAGCGGUGGCUCGGCAACCUGCUCGCUCGCCAGUUUGAGGGCCGCGUCAACUCGGCGAGCGUGACGCGAACCAUCUCCAAGCAGCGAGUCGAGUCGCACUUUGACCUUGAGCUGCGGGCUGCGGUCAUGCACGACCUGCUCGACAUGAUGCCUGCCGGCGUGCAGGCGUCCAAGACGCACGUGGUGAUGCAGCACCUGUCCGAGGCAUGGCGGGCAUGGAAGGCCAACAUCCCGUGGAAGGUGCCCGGCAUGCCCGCGCCUAUCGAGGCCAUGAUUCUUCGGUACGUCAAGGCCAAGGCCGACUGGUGGACCAAGGUGGCGCACUACAACCGCGAGCGGAUCAACCGCGGCGCGCCAGUGGACAAGAUUGUGGCCAAGAAGAACCUUGGGCGGCUGACACGGCUGUACCUCAAGGCCGAGCAGGAGCGCCAGCACAACUACCUCAAGGACGGGCCGUACAUCUCUCAGGCCGAGGCCGUCGCGCUGUACACCACCAUGGUCCAGUGGCUGGCGCGGCGCAAGUUUGCGCCCAUUCCGUUCCCGCCGCUCUCGUACAAGCACGACACCAAGCUUCUCAUUCUCGCGCUCGAGCGGCUCAAGGAGAACUACUCGGUCAAGGCGCGGCUCAACGCGUCGCAGCGCGAGGAGCUCGGGCUCAUCGAGCAGGCGUACGACAACCCACACGAGGCGCUCUCCCGGAUCAAGCGGCACCUACUCUCGCUGCGGGCGUUCAAGGAGGUCGGCCUGAGGUUCAUGGACAUGUACACACAUCUGCUGCCUAUCUACGACAUCGAGCCGCUGGAGAAGAUUACCGACUCGUAUCUGGACCAGUACCUCUGGUACGAGGCCGACAAGCGGGGUCUCUUCCCCAACUGGAUCAAGCCGGCCGACUCGGAGCCGCUGCCUGUGCUUGUGUACAAGUUUGCGUCGGGCAUCAACAACUUGACCGGCGGGUGGGAGACGGCGGACGGCGCGUCGCUGGUGGUGCUCGAGUCCAAGUUUGAGCGGAUGUUUGAAAAGGUGGACCUCAACCUGCUCAACAAGCUCCUCCGGCUUGUCCUCGACCACAACCUGGCGGACUACAUGACGGCUAAGAACAAUGUGAAUCUGGCGUUCAAGGACAUGACACACGUCAACUCGUACGGCGUGAUCCGCGGCCUGCAGUUUGCGCCAUUCCUCGGAGCCUUUUAUGGCCUUCUCCUCGACCUCUGCGUCCUCGGACUCAACCGGGCUGAGGAGAUUGUGGGUCCGCUCGCGGCGCCGCACGACUACCUCUCGUUUGGCGGCAACACGUUCCUGGAGACCAAGCACCCGAUCCGGGCGUACACUCGGAUUGUGGACAAGAUCUACGUGGUCCUCGCCUUUACCGGCGAGCAGUCGAGUGAGCUCAUCCAGCGGUAUCUGACGCAGCACCCGGACCCGAACAACGAGAACAUGGUCGGGUACAACAACAAGCGAGUGUGGCCGGCGGACGCACGGAUGCGGCUCAAGAAGCACGACGUCAACCUCGGGCGGGCCGUGUUCUGGGAGUUCAAAGGCCGGCUUCCGCGGUCGGUGACGACCCUCGAGUGGGACGACUCGUUUGUGUCGGUCUACUCGGGCGAUAACCCGAACUUGCUCUUUGCCAUGGGCGGCUUUGAGGUGCGGCUGCUGCCCAAGGUGCGUGCGCCCAAGGGCGAGCUUGUCCAGCACGACGGGGUGUGGUCGCUGCAGAACGCGGCGUCGAAGGAGAUCACGGCGCAAGCGUUCCUCAUGGUCGACGAGGAGUCGGUGACAGCCUUCCGCAACCGGGUGAGGCAAGUGCUGGUCAACUCGGGCGCGACGACGUUUGCCAAGGUGGCAAACAAGUGGAACACAGCGGUGGUGGGCCUCAUGACGUACUUCCGCGAGGCGGUGAUCAACACGCCGGCGCUGCUCGACGUGCUGGUCAAGUGCGAGGCGCAGGUCCAGACGAGGAUCAAGAUCGGGCUCAACUCGAAGAUGCCGACGAGGUUCCCGGUCCAGGUCUUCUACACGCCGAAGGAGCUCGGCGGGCUCGGCAUGCUCUCGAUGGGCCACAUCCUCAUUCCGGCGUCGGACCUCCGGUGGUCGCGGCAGACAGAGACCGGCGGCAUCACACACUUUCGGGCCGGGCUCGACUCGGCCAAGUCGAACCCCGACGAGCGGCGGAUUCCCAACCUUUACCGCUACAUCCAGCCGUGGGAGUCUGAGAUCCGCGACUCGGUCCGGGUGUGGGCCGAGUACGCACUCAAGCGGGCUGACGCGAUUGCGCAGAACCGGCGGAUCACGCUCGAGGAUCUCGAAGACUCGUGGGACCGCGGCAUUCCGCGGAUCAACACGCUCUUCCAGCGCGACCGGCACACGCUCGCGUUCGACAAGGGCUGGCGGGCGCGGGCGUUCUACAAGCGGUUCCAGAUCCUGCGGUCGAACCCGUUCUGGUGGACCAACUCGCGGCACGACGGCAAGCUGUGGUACCUCAACAACUACCGGACCGACGUGAUCCAGGCGCUCGGCGGUGUAGAAGCCAUCCUCGCGCACACGCUCUUUGCGGCAACGUACUUUCCGACGUGGGAGGGCCUGUUCUGGGAGAAGUCAUCUGGCUUUGAGGAGUCGAUGAAGUACAAGCGGCUGACGGUGGCGCAGCGUGGCGGACUGACCAAGGUGCCGAACCGGCGGUUUGCGCUCUGGUGGUCGCCGACCAUCAACCGGGCCAACGUGUACGUAGGCUACGCGGUGCAGCUCGACCUGACAGGCAUCACGCUGCAGGGCAAGAUCCCGACGCUCAAGAUUUCGCUCAUCUCGCUCUUCCGGGCGCAUCUGUGGCAGAAGAUUCACCAGUCGCUGGUGGUUGACCUGCUGCAGGUCUUUGACCAGGAGAUGAACUCGCUGGAGAUCGAGACUGUGCAGAAGGAGACCAUCCACCCGCGCAAGAGCUACAAGCUCAACUCGUCGUGCUCAGACAUCCUCCUCUUUGCGGCGUACAAGUGGCCGAUCUCCAAGCCGUCGCUCCUCUCGCAGCUGACGGACGUGUACGAUGACAUCGAGUCGGGCAAGUACUGGCUCGAUGUCCAGCUCCGGUGGGGCGACUACGACCGGCAUGACAUUGAGCGGUACGUGCGGGCCAAGUUCCUCGACUACACUAUGGACGACGUCUCGAUCUACCCGUCGCCGACCGGGGUCCUCCUCGGCGUCGACCUCGCGUACAACUUCCACUCGGGCUACGGCAACUGGUUCCCGGGCGUCAAGCCGCUGGUGACGCAGGCGAUGGCCAAGAUCAUGAAGGCCAACCCGGCGCUGUACGUCCUCCGCGAGCGUGUCCGCAAGUCGCUCCAGCUGUACUCGUCAGAGCCGACCGAGGCGUACCUCAACUCGCAGAACUACGGCGAGCUGUUCUCGGACCAGGUCAUCUGGUUUGUGGACGACACCAACGUGUACCGGGUCACUGUCCACCGCACGUUCGAAGGCAACAUCACGACCAAGCCCAUCAACGGCGCCAUCGUCAUCUUCAACCCGCGGACCGGCCAGCUCUAUCUCAAGGUCAUCCACACCUCGGUGUGGGCCGGACAGAAGCGGCUCUCGCAGCUCGCGCGGUGGAAGACCGCCGAAGAGGUGGCGGCGCUCAUUCGGUCGCUGCCCGUGGAAGAGCAGCCGCGGCAAGUCAUUGCCACCAAGAAGGGCCUGCUCGACCCGCUCGAGGGCUCGGACCUCACGCUCCCGUUCCAGGCCGCGCUCAAGAUGGAGAAGUUCGGCGACCUCAUUCUUCAGGCAACCGAGCCCAAGAUGUGCCUGUUCAACCUGUACGACGACUGGCUCUCGUCGGUCUCGUCGUACACGGCGUUCUCGCGGCUCAUUCUCAUUCUCCGGGCGCUGCACGUCAACCCGGAGCGGGCCAAGAUUAUUCUCCGGCCGUCGCGGUCAGUGACGACCAAGGACAACCAUGUUUGGCCGACGCUCACCGAUGAGGAGUGGAUCCAGGUGGAGGACCCGCUCAAGAACCUCAUUCUCGCCGAUUACGGAACCAAGCACGGCAUCAACGUGGCGUCGCUGACGCAGUCGGAGAUCCGCGACAUCAUUCUGGGCAUGGACAUUGCGCCGCCGUCGGACGCGCGGGCCGAGGAGCUUGCCGCGCUCGACGAGUCGACGCCUGCCGGUGCCGGCCCGGCGACCGCGGUCACCACCCGAACGGUCAACGCACUCGGCGAAGAGAUGAAUGUGACAAGCACAACCGGAUUCGAGCAGGACACGUUUGCGUCGCGGACCGAUUGGCGGGUCCGGGCCAUCGCCGCCGCCAACCUUCACCUACGCACCUCGAACGUGUUUGUCAACUCGCCGCAGCUCGCCGGCUCGCAGCUCACGUACGUGUUCCCCAAGAAUCUGCUCAAGCACUUUGUGCGUGUCGCCGACCUGCGGACCCAGGUGGCAGCUUUCCUCUACGGCGGCUCGCCGGCCGACAACGACGCAGUCAAGGAGGUCCGCGCACUUGUCCUCGUCCCGCAGUGGGGAACUCACGCGGCGGUCACCGUCCCGCACGCGCUUCCGCUCUCGGCGCACCUCGACGGCCUCGAGCCGCUCGGCUGGAUGCACACCAUGGGCGAGGAGCGCCCAGCGCUCGGCCACGGCGAUGUCAUCGCGCACGCGCACAUGACCGCGCGGUCGGUCAAGCAGGCAGCGCAGCAAGCGGCCGAGCACCCCGAGGGCGGGCCUGGCCUUGUCUCGACGGCGUGGGAUCCAGCGACGGCGUUGGUGGUGACUCUCGCACUCACGCCGGGAUCGGUCUCGCUCACAGCGUACUCGGUCUCCGAGGCUGGGCACGAGUGGGGCGCGUCGCUGCCUGAGGAGGCGCGGACAGCCGCCGACGCACCGCCCGGCUUUAUGCCGAGCUUUGCUUCGCGCGGACAGAUGCUGCUCUCGGACCGGUUCCUUGGCUUUUGCAUGGUGCCGUCACCCGGCAGCUGGAACUACAACUUUAUGGGCGUGAAGCACACCAAGCACAUGUCGUACGGUCUCAAGCUCGGCAACCCGCUCCCGUUCUACGACGAGCGGCACCGGCCGUCGCACUUUAUCAACUUUGCCAUCGGCGGCGACGCUGCUGGCGGCAUCGAGGACGUCGACGCCGAGGACGUGUUUGCGUGA